GACGAGUGGUUACCAAAAGCUCCAGUUCGGAUCAGGAAUUAAACUCAUCAUCCAAGAUGGGGAGAAGCACGCGCCGUCUUACCACAAACUGCAGGGAAACAACUCGACGGCGUGCCUCGCCACCGGAUUCACCCAAAUCAACGAAGUGAACGAGACACUUUUCAAAGGCACGGAGGCCGUCAGGAUAUCCGACGGGUCUGUGUACACCCAGGUUGCUGUCCUAACAACUGAAGACACAAAACAAAAAUGUGAUGAAUUGGCGGCCGGCUCUGGUGACUGUGGAGAUCCUUUGAAUCGAGACCCGAUGGUCAACCUGAUGUCUCUGACCGUCGUUGGCCUCAGGCUGAUCUUCAUCAAGACCAUCAUCUUCAACGUCCUGAUGACCUUCAAACUGUGGAUGAGUCAGUAAACUUUGCAGACGGCCGACAGAGAAACGCUCGAGCGCGAGCUGCUGGAUUCAGAGAAAGACUCCGAACCUUCGGCUUCAUGUCGUCUUUUAUUUGUAUGAUGUGUAAUUAAUUGUAUAAAUAUCAAAUUACCUGAUACUCUGUUUAUAUAAUCUUACGUUCAAAGCCUUCUAAUGUCGUCUCUGUGAUGUUUGAAAACUAGAUUUGUUGCUUCUGAUGAAUUUUUGAUCUCUCUGUUAAUAUCACAUUUGAAUGAUUGUCUGCCUUAGUAAAAAAUAACUCAAGAAAUGUUUUUAAAACUGCUCUCUGUGUGAUGAUGUGAAAUAAAGUCUGAAAUAAUAAAACAC